CUGUCCGUUUUACUCUGCGUUGCUAUAAAGAUUAGAAUUUUCAUCAGCAACGGAACACGUCGGACGUGGGGCUUCUAGGACCACGGUUGUGUGGAGGUUUUAGCGCCGCAAUUCGUGUACGUGGGUGAAGUGGCUGGUUUUGUCAAAAUGAGUUCACCGUCUCGCCUAUCGGCCACACCUGCAGUCCAGCCGAAUGAGAGACGGCAGGCAGGCAGGCAAGAUCUCCGGCAAAACAGCCAGCCCUCCCGUACACAAGUCUCGUAGAAAUAGCCGCGGCAGCCAAUGAGAUUAACUGAUAUUGAGGCGCCCCGACGCUGUCGGGCGGUCCGCCUUGUUGCUACAGAAGCAGAGGAGACACAAACAUGGAGGAGAAGGAGGGUCCGGAUGAAGACCUUAUACCUUGCAAAAUAUGUGGAAGGACAUUUUUUCAAGCAGUUAUAAAAAAGCACAUUACUAUUUGCCAAACACAUACUACUAAAAGACGUAAAAUAUUUGACUCAAGCAGACAGAGGGCUGAGGGUACAGAUAUUUCUACAGUCAAACCUUUAAAACCCAAGGCAGAACCACCUAAGAAAUCAUCAAACUGGCGUAGGAAACAUGAAGACUUCAUUGCUACUAUUCGUGCAGCAAAGAAUCUUACUCAGACAAUAAAAGAUGGUGGUCCUCUUCCUCCUCCACCACCUCCAUCAUAUGACCCUGAUUACAUUCAAUGCCCAUAUUGUCAAAGGAGAUUCAGUGAGAAUGCUGCAGAAAGACAUAUUAAUUUCUGCAAAGAGCAGGCUGCACGUAUUGGAAAUAAAGGCAAGCUUUCUUCUGAUUCCAAAGGUAAAACAGCCUCAAGACCACAGAUUAAGCCUCCAACAGCAAAAAAGACAAACUCACCAGCAUCAGUAGUGUCACCAUCUUCCCGCUUACCACAGCCUUCAUCUACUAAGCCUCCUGGAAGUGGUCUGUCUUCAACUAGAAUAUUGUCUACAUCUGCAAAUAAGACUAAUUCAUCACAUUUCUCUCCUCCAUCUCUGAAUUCAAGUCCACAAGGAGGGAUUAAUAUGAAGUCUAGAACACCAUCUUCUCCAGGUUCUCUGAAGAACACGUCAGUAGUUACAGCCAAUAGGAAAAAGGCAUAUAAUCCUGAUAGCUACACUUCUAAGAAAGAUGGCAGAAGUGGAUUGGAGGCAGGGGAUUGUUUGAGUGGUGUACCAAACAGGAGAAGUGACAGAAUUGUCUCUGAGCAGCUAUCCAGAUUUUGCCAUGAAUGUGGCACAAAAUACCCAGUAGAUCAUGCAAAAUUCUGUUGUGAAUGCGGAGUAAGAAGAAUGUGUAUAUAAAGGUAUAUCAAAAGCUGUUUUAUGCAUGUAAUUCAUAUUGUAAAACUUAAUUUUAGGGUAGUUAUUCUUAGCUUAUUUAUCACAGAAUGAAUAUGUUUACUGAAAUAUGUGGCAGAAACACAAGCCAUUUAUUUACAGUAUUGCAUAUAUUCUGAAUUUAUGAGAACAUGUUCACUGCUCUAGUGCCAAAAUAUAUUUAAAAAACCCCUUUCUUCAUGGUUUAUAUUUAGUAGAGGAGAAAACAAAUUGCAUACAUUUUAAAUGUAAUAAAAAGAAUAUUCUAGUUGAUUAUAAAAUCAGUGUUGUUUGACAUUUGUUUGUAUGCAAUAGAGCAGUUGGUGACUAAAAUUAUACACUGCUUUAUGCUAAAUACUUAACUAUUUUUGAGAGGGCAUAAUAUGGAAAAAAUUUCCUUUGAAAGCAUAGCUUCAGUUUACAAACACACUGAAAAAUUUAGUAAUAAUUUUGGAUUUUAAAUAAUAUAUUAGGUUUAAAUUGUCGACAUUAAAAAAGAUGCUUUGCCAGUUGUAACAUUGUAACUACUCUCCUUUUGAACUGCUAAUAAUAAUAAUAAUGCAACAGCCACACAACAAUCUGUACAUACAUUAGAGAAUAUAUCCCUGAUUCCUUCAACAGAGGCUGGUAUAUGUUAGAUUAUCUGCACAGAACAUACCUUAAUAUUAAAACAUGAUUCAUUUAAAAGAUGUAUCACGUAUUAUUAAUAAUUGCAAGGCUUCACUUGGCUUGAUUGUAUGUUCCAGAUAUAAUUUAGUACUCACUAUAACUGUUACAUUCUUUUAAUGUAAAUAUUUGGCACUUAUUGCUAAUGUACAGAUUCCCCAAAAAUUUUGUUGCUACAUUAAAUAUAAACAAUGGGGGAAAAAUUUAAAUGUUCAGUGUGUUUGUUUCUUACUGUAAUUUAUGUUUACUGGUAUUUAAGCUAAGUUUUAUAAAUAUUCAAAAACUACUGACUCUUAAUAAAAUAAUGCAUUAUCCUUUUAA